CAAAUUGUUCAUAUAAUUAUGAAAAUUAUGAAUACUUCUGUUGUCAUAAUUUGAAUAGUUUACUAGGUUUGAGAAGUAUUAAAACAAACUAUUAGGUCAGCCAAGUGGUGAGUAAAAUAAUUGGCAUGGAAUCAGCUUCCUUUCUAAAAAGCAGGCCAAGUCCCCCACUUCACACCAUUUGCAUUUGAGUGGAGUGGAGUUGAGUUGAGACAUAAACAAAGAAACUGCAAAGCAAAGCGAUGCUUGAUUUUGUUUGGCUGAUGCUUCUGGCUUACGCUGGUUUGGUGUUUCCUGCUUCUUCCCAAGACCACAACAACAGCAACAACAACAACAAGAACAUUUUCAUUUUGGCCGGACAAAGCAACAUGUCCGGCCGAGGCGGCAUUAAUAAUCUCACCUGGGACGGUGUCGUGCCGCCUCAAUGUCAACCUAACCCGGCAAUCCUCCGACUCAGCUCGGAGCUCAAGUGGGUGCAGGCAAGCGAGCCCCUCCACAAGGACAUUGAUGUGAACGUUACUUGCGGGGUUGGACCUGGAAUGGUGUUUGCCAAUACAGUGUUGCACAAGAAGGACUCCAGCAUCAGGGGGGUUGUGGGAUUGGUCCCUUGUGCGGUCGGAGGGACCAAGGGGACCAAGAUAAGCGAGUGGGGACGUGGAACUUACCUUUACAACCAGUUGUUGAGGAGGGCUAGUGCGGCCUUGCAAGAUGGUGGUGGGUCGAUCCAAGCAGUGCUGUGGUAUCAGGGUGAGAGCGACACUGUGAAUCUCCAGGAUGCUGCUUUGUACAAGGGCCGACUUGAGAGAUUCUUCAUGGACCUGCGUGCUGAUCUACAAUCUCCACUGCUACCCAUUAUUCAGGUGGCAUUGGCAUCAGGACAGGGAGCUUAUAUUGAGAAAGUGAGAGAAGCUCAAUUGGGAAUACAUCUUGCCCAUGUAAAAUGUGUGGAUGCUAAGGGACUGCAGCUGGAACCAGAUCAUCUGCACCUUACCACUCAAGCCGAGGUUCAACUAGGCAAGAUGUUGGCCGAUGCAUUCCUCCACACUCUGCCCACCCCACUCCAGAGUAAUGCCCCCAAAACAUCUCACAAUUGAUUUUUUUUUUUUUUUUAACCUCGUGUUUAGAUAUUUGAACUUCAUAGUUGAAGAGGAUAUCAAAUGAUUGUACUUGACUUAUUAAUCAGGGCCAAAAUAUUGGCUAAAGAGUAUAUCAUGCAAUGAAAUUUUGUCCAGUAAAAUCUUA